GUUAAAUUUAAAGAGUUGUUCUUUAACUUUCUUGCUUUUCUUCUGUUAUUAAAACUUUAGGAGCUAGGUUAAAAUGGGAAGAUCACCAUGUAUUGAUAAAAAAGGGUUCAAGAAAGGUUUAUGGACACCUGAGGAAGACCAAAAACUCUUGGCUUACAUUGAGGAACAUGGGUGUGGUAGCUGGAGUGAUUUGCCUUCUAAAGCUGGGCUUCAGAGAUGUGGAAGGAGCUGUAGAUUAAGAUGGAUCAAUUAUCUGAGGCCAAACAUCAAGAGAGGAAAGUUCAGUUCGGAGGGAGAGCGAACCAUCUUACAGCUUCAUGCUCUUCUUGGAAACAGAUGGUCAGCGAUAGCAUCUUUAUUGCCAAACAGAAGCGACAAUGUGAUAAAGAACUACUGGAACACACGUUUGAAGAAGAGAUUAAUCAAAAUGGGCAUUGAUCCCAUGACUCAUCAGCCAAAGAGAGAUACAAGUCAAUCCAAUAAGUCCAUUUCAAGCCUGUGUCACAUGGCUGAAUGGGAAACUGCUAGACUUGAAGCAGAAGCUAGGCUUGUUCGGAACUCCAAUAUAAUAUACAACAACAACAACAACAAUUAUCAACCUCGCAAUUUUCAGCUUCCUUGUCUUGACGUACUAAAAGCUUGGCAAAUGUCUCGUACAAAAUCACCAACUAUAAAUGAAGACAUUAAUAGUACAAUUUUUCUUGAUGGUUUUUUCACCAAAAACCUCAAGUCUCCAACACCAUCAGAGAACUUGUUGCUAAAUAUAGAACAAACUGAGGAAGUUGGUGAAAAGUCGUCCUUGCCUACAGUUAGCUGCAUUAAAGACUUUUUCCUAUAUGAAGAUAAAAUAACACAAGAUAACGAUAUUCUCCAAACAGACUUGGCAGAGCUUUUCCCAGAAUAUGAUUGUAGCCAAAAGGCUGAAAACUACUCAAGUGAACAGUUGGAAACUUUUUUGGAAAGCUGCUCUGGAAAUUUUGAGGAUAACAAGAGUAACUGGAACAAUCACUUCCCUUAUUUGGUAACUUCACCAAUUGGUUCUCCAUUAUUCUGA